UCAGUCUUCAAGAAAUAAAGAAUUGGAAGAGAAAUAAAAAACAAUGAAGAACAUUGCACUGUUGUGUUUCCUUUUGGUGGCGUCGGCCUGUGUGCUUGGUACGUAUGAUAUGAAGGUGUAUUCUAGUGAUUGUGGUGUGUGAAUUAUUUUGGAAUUAUUUUUGAUAAAACUACUUAUCCGCGGGUCGAUUUCAAUCCUGGGGAAUUUUUCCUGGUUCAACUAUCUACCAACUGAGGUGCGAGGUCAAGUCGCCAUGUGAUAUUUUGCAACUGGGUGAUCAAGUUCCUGAAUUUGUUUCUUGUAAAAGAACAUUUUUAAUCAAGGACUAAAAUUGGACACUAAAUUUCAGACACCCAUGCAAAACCGGCCAACACUUUAAAUUCAUAUCAUUUAUUUCAUUUUUCCAACAAAAGUUGCUCGCGCUGAUAAAGAGACACCAGCUGUCGAUGUUCCCAAGAUGGAGGAUCAGCCAGAGGCCGCCGAUGUGAUGGCUGACGAAGAACUAACGGAUGAUGACAAGGAUGAAACGGAAAACGACGAAGUGGAUACUGAAAAUGACGAAGAAGAGACGGAAGCUGACAAUGCCCAAGAAGAUGAAGAGGUGGAAGAAGAUGAAGGUAGGCGACUAUAUCUAAUAUUGAGUAUGUUGCGGUUUAAUAGUUUUUAAAAAUUCAAUUUCAGGUGAAACAUCUGAGACGAAAUAGCUUUUUUAUUAAGUAUGAAUAACUCUUCCCAUGCAUCGAUAACUAGAAAUGAUAUUGGCAACACAACAUAAAUCACUAUGCCUGGCCGUGAUUGCAUGGCACUAAUUUCCCUGAGUGCUGGAUAGCAGAUGCAUGAACUGCUAGUUCUCUACUCUAGAGGCAAUUCCGUGUAGGCUAUAUUGUACCAAGCUAAAAUGAGGCCAUGGUAAGAUAUAUAGGUACAUUUUUAGGCUCGUCGCUCCACUGAACAAGUGAAUUCGUACAAAUCCUGAUAUUUGACAAUGCAGUUCAGUGUGUAAGUUUAAGGAAAUGUAUAAAAUUUAGCUACACCCGACAUUUCCAUCCACAAAUCCUCAACGUGUUAUAUAAUAUCUAGCAUUAUUAAUUGAAUGUUCUUUCGAUGAUACACGAUAGAGUAGAAAAAGUUACACAAUAUAGUUAUCUAUUUUGAAUAAGCUUCGUAUAUAUUUAAGAAAUAACAAACCAUUAAACAAAUAUAUCCUCCUUUUUUUAGACGAAGCCACUGAUAUCGCAGAUGACGAGCCCGAGAAACGAGGUCAGCCUUUUCUCAUAGUUGUCAAAUAA